UUUAUUUGUCCAUCAACAAUUGAACCGAACGGCUCAGUCCAAAUAACUAGUUGUCGCCCUUUGUACUUCCUUUAAAUCACGGAACAAACUAUAGGCCGCACAAAAAUUCAGUAAAAAAAAAAAACCACCCUAAACUUGCCGAAGCUGGCGUUCCUUCUGGCGAAAGAUUCUUCAUCCAUGGACUCUGCCGAAGAUAUAUUCGACUCAUCGCUAAAUCUAGAAGAAACUCAUUACCAAGAAGGUUACAAAGAAGGCUACAACCACGGCAUAACGACCGGCAAGGAAGAGGCAAGGCAAGUGGGUCUUAAAACGGGCUUCGAAACAGGCGAAGAGCUCGGUUUCUACAAGGGCUGUGUCGAUGUGUGGAGCUGCGCCAUCCAAAUUGAACCGACCCGUUUCUCUACUCGGGUCCAAAAGGGUAUUAAGCAAAUGCAGGAAUUGAUCCAAAAAUACCCAGUUAUGGAUCCGGAAAACGAAAGCGUCCAAGAAAUUAUUGAAGCUUUGAGGCUUAAGUUUAGGGUUAUCCGUGCAGCUUUGGGUGUUAAAUUGGAAUAUGAUGGAUGCCCAAAACCCAAGGAAAUCGAAUUUUGAUUUGAGCUACUUACUUUUUUUAAGGUAUUUUAAUUGCCAGGUAUCAGAUGUUUUUGGUUUUUUUUUUUUUUUUUAUACAGAUAGUGUAAACAAUUUUUUUUUUUAAUUUUAAAACCAAUUAUCUAAGAAGCUUUUUCUGUUUUUGGUACAACCUUGGCAAAAAUACACCAAUAAUGUCAUCAAGCAGCUGUAUUUUUAGUUUCCAUAUCAAGCACUUGAUCCUGACUUCUUCUUAUGUGCCUUUAAUUGAAGCCCGGUUUUUCAUUAAUCACUGAGUUGGCCUUGUCCCACAUUUUAAGCAGUGCUAAAAAUUUUCAGGCUUGAUCUGUUUCUCAUGUAUGUUUGCGU